CGAAGGUUCUGAUAUGUCCGCCAUCUUGGAGAGUCGGUGAUGGUGGCGAGGGGCCGCGUUCCCGCCUGAGCCGAGGCAGCCCGGGGACCGCGCCAGGGGACGCGCUCGCUGAGCUGUCCUCUUUCAUGAAAGUGGUAAGAAGCCUUGGAGUACUGUUUAACUCAGCAGUUAGCCCAGAAGACCAGGUGGCAUCAGUUCUGAGAAAUGCCAUCUUCUAACUCCAGCUUCCCAGGGAACUUCAUCCCUUCGCAGGAAGAAAUCUGCUUCAUCUUAACCUAAUUCAGUCCUGCUAAUACUAUAGAUUGAAAGAUUUUGCUGUUGCAAGGAUACCCUGUAAUGGGCAAGGAGCCACAAAGAAUACAAAUUGUUUUGUUUUCUUAAUUUUUAAAAUAUUUUUGUGUUUAACAGGACCUGGGCUCCUGUUGAAAAGUGAUGGAAUAAUGUCUGGUCGGCACCUGCCAUGUUGAGGGAGCGUCCCCUAAAACAGCUUGCCUGGGAGACAGUUUGUGAAAUAACGCAGUAACAUGUUUGCAGUAACCAGUAUGUUUUGGAAAUUUGAUCUCCACUCAUCAUCCCAUAUAGACACGCUUCUAGAGAGAGAAGAUGUAACCCUGAAGGAAUUGAUGGAUGAGGAGGAUGUUUUGCAAGAGUGUAAAGCUCAGAAUCGCAAACUUAUCGAGUUUCUCUUGAAAUCGGAAUGUUUGGAAGAUUUAGUUUCAUUUAUAAUAGAAGAACCACCUCAAGACAUGGAUGAGAAAAUUAGAUACAAGUAUCCAAAUAUAUCUUGUGAGCUGCUGACAUCUGAUGUCUCGCAGAUCAAUGAUAGGUUGGGAGAAGAAGAGUCCUUACUUAUGAAACUGUACAGCUUCCUCUUAAAUGAAUCCCCUCUAAAUCCUUUACUGGCCAGUUUCUUCAGUAAGGUGCUAAGUAUUCUUAUCAGCAGAAAACCAGAACAGAUUGUGGAUUUUUUAAAGAAAAAACAUGAUUUUGUAGACCUCAUUAUAAAGCACAUAGGGACCUCUGCUAUUAUGGACUUAUUGCUCAGGCUACUGACUUGCAUAGAACCUCCCCAGCCCAGGCAAGAAGUAUUAAAUUGGUUAAACGAAGAGAGAAUUAUCCAGCGACUUGUGGAAAUCGUGCAUCCUUCUCAAGAUGAGGAUAGGCAUUCAAAUGCAUCCCAGUCACUCUGUGAAAUUAUUCGCCUGAGUAGAGACCAGAUGUUACAAGUACAGAACAGUUCAGAACCAGAUCCACUGCUUGCAACUCUAGAAAAGCAAGAAAUUAUAGAACAGCUAUUAUCAAAUAUCUUUCAUAAAGAGAAAAAUGAGUCUGCAAUAGUCAGUGCAAUCCAAAUAUUACUGACCUUACUUGAGACAAGACGACCAACAUUUGAAGGCCAUAUAGAGAUCUGUCCUCCAGGUAUGAGCCAUUCAACAUAUUCAGUCAACAAAAGUGUAUUAGAAGCCAUAAAAGCACGACUUUCUUCCUUCCAUGAACUUCUCCUUGAGCCCCCAAAAAAAAGUGUCAUGAAGACAACAUGGGGUGUACUGGAUCCACCUGUGGGGAACACACGCUUAAAUGUGAUUAGGUUAAUAUCCAGCCUUUUGCAGACAAAUACAGGCAGUGUGAAUCAGGAACUUAUAGACCUGAACAGUAUAGGAGUCAUACUGGACAUGUUCUUUAAAUACACAUGGAAUAACUUUCUGCAUACUCAAGUAGAAAUUUGUAUUGCAUUGAUUCUUGCAAAUCCUCUUGAAAGCACAGAAAAUGGUACAAUUACGGAUCAGGAAUCCACUGGGGACAAUCUCUUACUGAAACAUCUUUUCCAUAAGUGCCAAUUAGUAGAACGAAUACUUGAAGCAUGGGAAAUGAAUGAGAAGAAGCAGGCUGAAGGAGGAAGGCGGUAUGGCUAUAUGGGUCACUUAACAAGGAUAGCUAACUGUAUUGUUCAUAGUACUGAUAAAGGGCCAAACAGUACACUAGUCCAGCAGCUUAUUAAAGAACUUCCAGAGGAGGUCAGAGAACGAUGGGAGACAUUCUGCACAAGCUCCUUAGGAGAAACUAACAAAAGGAACACAGUGGAUCUAGUUACUACCUGCCACAUUCAUUCAUCCAGCGAUGACGAAAUUGACUUUAAAGAAACUGGUUUCUCACAAGAUUCUUCUUUGCAGCAAGCCUUUUCUGAUUAUCAGAUGCAACAAAUGACGUCCAAUUUUAUUGACCAGUUUGGCUUCAACGAUGAGAAGUUUGCUGAUCAAGAUGAUAUCGGCAAUGUUUCUUUUGAUCGUGUGUCAGACAUCAACUUUACCCUCAAUACAAAUGAAAGUGGUAAUAUUGCCUUGUUUGAAGCAUGCUGUAAGGAGAGAAUACAGCAGUUUGAUGAUGGUGGUUCUGAUGAAGAAGAUAUCUGGGAAGAAAAACACAUUGCGUUUACACCAGAAUCUCAGAGGCGGUCCAGCUCGGGCAGUACAGAUAGUGAAGAAAGUACAGACUCUGAAGAAGAAGAUGGAGCAAAACAAGACAUAUUUGAAUCUAAUACCAAUACAGAGGACAAGAUGGAAGUAGACUUGAAUGAACCACCCAAUUGGUCCGCUAACUUUGAUGUGCCCAUGGAAACUGCACAUGGUGCCAAUUUGGAUUCUGUUGGAUCUGAUGUAUGGAGCACAGAAGAACCUAUGCCUGCAAAAGAAACAGGCUGGGCUUCUUUUUCAGAGUUCACAUCUUCUCUAAAUUCAAAAGAUUCCUUAAGAAGCAAUUCUCCUGUGGAAAUGGAAACCAACGCAGAACCAAUGGAUCCACUGAGUGCAAGUGUAACUCCACUUGCAACACAACCAGAAGCCCCAGGAAGUGUUGCUAUGGAGGCAAGCUCAGAUGGAGAAGAUGAUGUAGAAAAUUCAGACAAAGUAACUGAAACAGUGAUGAACGGCAGUAUGAAGGAGACACUGAGCCUUACUGUAGAUGCUAAAACUGAAACAGCUGUCUUCAAAAGUGAGGAAGGAAAAUUGUCUACCUCGCAGGAUGUUUCUUGUAAAUACGUGGUGGAGGAGAAUGCAGAAGCUGCAGAAGAAAAUCCUGCUACUCUGCAGCCUGCUAGCAGCAGUACAGAACAGAGGACUGAACAACACACCCUUUUAGGAGAGGCAUCUGUUAAUGGCCCCGUAUGAUAUGUGAUGUCUACUGCUGUUGGCUGAAGAAUAUGAACUGAUAUCCAAGGGUUUUAAUGUUUCUUGAGGAUUUCAUCUGGAGCCUGUUGAAGCCAGUCACUGCUGCACUAAUUUUGCAAGGGAUCAGGACCAGCAACGUUUAUAUUCUAGAUUUUAAGACAUUGUACAGAAAUUCAUAAGUGUAAAAAAUAUUGCACAUUGAGAAAAUACCAAUAAUUUUUGCGUAUGUUUAUAUUGUAUUGUUCUAAUAAUGGGUGGUCUGUGAAAUAAGAUCUUGCCACCCAAGUAAUGAUAGUAGUGAUACUAUAGUUAAAAUGGCUGUAAGAAUAGUUUUAUAAAAAAGUGAAUACACAAAUCUAACGUAUUUGAGACAUAACUAUUUGACAAUUAGUGUGACCAAAGUAUUUAGCAGUUUUCAUACAUUUUUCACCUUGUAAAAAAAAAAAAAAAAAAAAAAAAGUAAAGAUUAAAAUCUGAAUUCAUGUUUCUUCCAGGUUGGCGAAGAAUUGUAGAACUGAAAUGCCCUAUAAAUGUUAUUUUGGUUGUUCUAGCUUACAAAAGUGAUUUAAAUAAGAAUUUUUGGUGUUCUACAUUUUACAACAGGUUUUUUAAUUGGUAAUUGUUUUCUGUAUUGUUUAAAACAGAUCAAAAAUGUAAGUCUAUUGGUAGAGAUUUUAAGUAUUUAUUGCUACAACUUAGUUGACAAAAUUGAUGUUACUGUAAAGCCAUAUGUUCUGUUAAGUCUUGUUUGCUUGAAACAAUACCUUACAGGUGAAACACUAGAAUAUUUGAAGUGCACAUGGCUUGUUGUGGUUUUUUUUUUUAAGUGGUUCACCUGCCUUUUAACCCAUUCACCAAGAUUUAUUUUAACACCAAGCAUCAUUCAAUUGAACAUUUAAGAACAAUCUGCAUAUUUAAAUGCCGUAAUCCUGUUAGACAAGUCAACAAAAUGAAAUGCCUGUGCUGCUAACCUAAUUACAGUACAUGCAUUUUAAAAGUAUAGUUUUUUAAAUACAAAUCAGUUUGGCACCUGAGCAUGUUAAUUGUUACUUUCACUGUAUUGAUCUCUGUGAGGCUUUCAUUUGUACGUUCUAAACCAGUUUUUUUUCUCAGCUGGUUUGUGUGUAUAUAUAUAUAGUGAUUAUGGAAACUAAUUCCGUGUAAUUUAUAAUUUUCUAUGUCAGUAUAAAAUUCCAACAGCCUUCUCAAACAAACAGAAGCAAUAUACUGUAUAUUGCCACAUUGUCUGGUGAAAGGGUUAAAGUAUUUCACCUCUUGCACUUUUAGAUGCAAUCCAUUUUUAUUUCUGUAAUAGUUAUUCAUUUCUUUUUACAUCAUUUUGUUUUCCUGACCAGUAUUUAAAGCCAAAAGGAUACUCUAAACAAUGGCCAAUGAUUUAUUUUAGAAAGUGUCCCAAGCAACGUGCCUAAACAUUACAUUGCAUACAGAAAUAAAAAAAAAAAAGCAAAUGUAUAAUGUUAUUUCCCUUAUUUCUUCCUAUCUUGCAUUUCAAGCAAUGCAGUGCUAGUAUUUCUUGAUAGGCAGACUUCCAAGGGCAAACUGAGAAAUUAAUUCAUCAGCCGAAUAAAAAUGGAAACACAACCUGUAGUCUUUUGCAGACAGAAGGGCAACAGUGGCUGUACUUGUGUGCAUGUAUACAAGGCAGGAAUUCAUAUCAGUACUUGUUUUCUUUUUAAACCCUUUUUUGUAAGGCAUAGUAGUCCUACUUAUAUUGGGACUUGUUUCUAGGUGCGUGCAGCUGAACGUUUUAGACAAUAGUAUGAAUAUCUUUAAUGUGCCUACUUCAGGAUGGUUGGGAAAAGUUGACUGACAUUCUUUUUGUGCGUGUGAGACUUAUUACUGAACCAGUUGUUGUGGAACCUAAAAUAUCUUUGGCUUCAUGGGAGUGGCAUGAGGCUGCACAGUAAGCAUGAUGUAUUUAAGUGAAGUAAUGCCUCUUAGUCUCUUGAAGUGACCUUCUCUUCCCUUGCAAACGAAGACAAAUAUGUUAAGUGGCUGUUUGAAGACCAGCUGAAAGAAGAUGGCAGCAAGGUGUGGUAGGAUACUUGCAGGGAUUAUUGUGUAGAUCUGAUGAGGCAUUUAUCUUUCUCACAAACUCUAACACAUGCUAAUUCUUAUUUUUAAUUGUAUAUUACCUGAACCAGGAAUCCUCAAUCUGUGAUAUGGAAAGUUACAGAAACUACAAAAUAUAUGAAACCUAGAUCAUGUUCAGCUUCCAGAGGCAUUUUCUUUUUAUUUCUUUCUUGGAGUUCAGCAAGAUUGAAGGUUGUAUUCGGAGAAUCCUACUCGCCAUUUGUUUGAUAGAAAUGGGCUCUGUCUUUAUUAGUUGAGACACUGAUUGAAAAUUUGCCUUUUUUAAUCCAAGUAAAAUGUGUAAAUAUA